AUGAAAGGUGAUCAUUUUCUCAUAAGCACUCUUGCCAUUUUGGCAUUUGCAACGUUCCUUGCCUCUGCCUAUGACCCCAGUCCUCUUCAGGACUUCUGUGUAGCAGUUAAGGACAUCAAAUCUGGAGUGUUUGUGAAUGGGAAAUUCUGCAAGGACCCAAAGCUUGCCAAUGCAAAUGAUUUCUUCUUUUCUGGGCUUCAAAAUCCAAGAAAUACACAAAAUCCGGUUGGUUCAAAUGUGACAGCCGUGAAUGUGGACAACCUAGCAGGACUGAACACUCUCGGCAUAUCCUUGGCCCGCAUAGACUUUGCACCAAAUGGCCUAAACCCUCCUCACACUCACCCUCGUGCCACCGAAAUCCUUGUGGGUCUUGGAAGGAACACUCUAUCCUUUGCUGGGCUUAGCAGCCAGAAUCCAGGAGUGAUCACCAUAGCCAAUGCAGUGUUUGGCUCCAAGCCUCCCAUCAAUCCUGAUGUUCUAACCAAGGCCUUCCAAGUUGACAACAAGGUGGUUGACUAUCUCCAGAAACAGUUCUGGUACGACAACAAUUAG